AUGGAUUCGAGCCGAAGAGCUGUUGAGGCUUACUGGAGAUCGCGCCUAAUCGAUGGGGUAACGUCUGACGAGGACAAGGUCGCCCCCGUCUACAAACUGGAUGAGGUCUGCGAACUUCUCCGUACCACUCACGCUGGCAUCGUGAAGGAGGUCUCGGACUACAUUCUCAAGAGGCUCGACCACAAGAGCCCUAUUGUCAAGCAGAAGGUAUGAAUUCCUUUGCAGAUUGCUUCGGUUCUACUUUCAAUGCAAUGACCGGUGUAGCCAAUUUAGAUUUCAAAGAGUUCAACCUCAGAAUUCGGAUGGUGGAGCCAGCAAGCUUUUUCCUUCCAGAAAUCCAGGAAAAACGAGCACACGAUUCUUCUUUUUACAUCUUCUGCCUUUGGCCAAGUAAAAUUCAUAGCAUACGUAGUCCCCAUGGCUUCUGCGGUUCAAUUUUAUAAGGAUUGUUAUAUUAGAUUAUUCUCAGCCAAACAAAAGAAGAACUUAAUUUUUUUUUUGGACAUUUAUCUCGUUAUUCUGUUACCCUAUCAGAGCUUGUCUCAGUUUUCCCGUCUGUUUUGCAGGCUUUACGGCUGAUCAAGUAUGCAGUUGUGAAAUCUGGUGCAGAAUUUAGGAGGGAAAUGCAACGACAUUCGACUGUUGUUCGCCAGUUGUUUCAUUUUAAAGGCUAUCCUGAUCCAUUGAAAGGAGAUGCCCUAAACAAAGCUGUCCGUGACACGGCUCACGAGGCUGUCUCUGCUAUAUUUUCUUCUGAUGACAGCAAGGCACCAGUGGAAACAACGAGGAAACGGAUGGAGGGUUUCGGAAGUACAAACUUUGAUAUUCCAGCAGAAGAUAAGAAGUCCUUCCUCAGUGAGGUUGUAGGUCUGAGUAGUGCUUCUAUAAAACAAGGAUUGAGCACUAUUGCUGCAGCACACUCGUUUAGGAAAAACGAUAAUGGGAGUUACAGGAGUCCCCAUUUGCACAGGUCUCUGACUAAUGAGGCAGAUACUCGUGACAGAUAUGAAGGAGAUGAUCAUAGGGAACGUUGGACGUCCCCUGUAAACCCAAAGAAUGUAGCUUCUGCAUCAUGGACCCAAGAUUCUAGCACUAGCAUUGAUGCAGUACCUUCUAAUGGAAGUACCAGUAGUGAUAAGAGUCGUGAGGAGAGGCUAUUAGAGACCAUCGUCACAUCCAGUGGUGUGCGUUUACAACCUACGCGUGAUGCUAUUCAGAUUUUUCUCACGGAAGCUGCCAAAUUGAAUCCCAUAGCGAUGAGUCAUGCACUUGAGUCGAAGCUGCAAUCUCACUUGUGGCAGGCAUGUGCUCCUCAUUCAUUCUCCUCCAUUUAGUUGAUGGAACUAUUCAUUCGUGAUCAGUUUCGCAAAUAUCUUGGAAGGCAUUUCUUUAGUGAUUUUCUCUAAACAUGUUUUUCAACUAAUGGUUAUUUCCAAUAAUUGUUUCAUGAGCAUCUGCUUGUGAAAGCAAUAUAUGAAGCAGAUAAGUUGUCUCUAUCGAAUGCCAUUGCCAUCGAUACUGUGAAUGCAAUUUAUUUGAACUUUUUGGUCGAUACAUUUUUAGUUCAAAUAGAAUGUGUUGCCCAAACUUCGAACUAGUUAAGACAGAUUCUGUGUGAACAGAGUUGCUUUUUAUUCCGUAUAUUUUUUUCUUGUUAGCUUGCUAAUGAUGAUCUGCUUUGCGUUUCAUACUUCUAUGAUCUAAGUAGAUGGAUACUGACGCGUGGAGGGCCUGAGGUCAUCUGGUACUUCUUUUUAUUGUUGAAGGCAUUCAAUUUCCAUGUGGUAAUACUGGAGUCAUCGCGAAGGGAAUAAAACUUCAAUAGGAAAACUUUUGCUAGAUGAAAUGGACAAAAAAUAAAAACCAAUUAGGAGAAUGAAGUUUGAAAACAGGAUGAUCAUUGGUUGGAGUGUGUGGUCAGUGUAAUGCCAAGACGCUACCAGUGUGAACUUGACCAUGGGAUAGGUUCCAUCAGUUAUCUAGGGUGCCAUGUAGUGGGCCAGAUGCGGUGACAAAGUAGUGCGAAUUUGAUGACAGUAUGGAAGGAAAGGACUUUGGGCAAUAUUGUAGCGUGGAGGAACUGUGGCAGAUUUAUUAUGCAACAUCAGAAAGUGUCGGCCAUCAAUAAUCAUAGAACCAUAAAAUGAAGUAUCCUCAUGGAAUGUGACAUGUAUUUGGAACCAGUUUGUGGAAGGAUUAUAUGAUCGAGAUUCCUUCUGUGUUUUCCUUCAAAAUAACACCAUUUAUUUUAUUAAAAAAACCUUGUUUGUUCUUGAGAAGUAAAAUGAGAAGCAUGUCCGAGAAGAGGUCCUAUGGCGACUUCAAUUAACAUUUUUUUACUAGAACUACAACUGGGUGGGCAGAAUUAAUGGGAUGUGUGGUAAUGCUGUACUGUUGAAAGAAGGAGAGAGCCUUUCAUGUGUAGUUUCAUACUUUAUCUCCAGUUCAUCAUUUCAUUUGUUAACAUGAAUGAGGAUGGCAUUUCUCUUUUUAGUGAUAUAAUCACUUGGUAAUUUCUUUUCCGAACGACAUCUUUCAACACCUGGUACAGGAGUGAGGAAUGAGGACCUGGAGAGAAACGAGAAAAAAACAAGUUUGAGUUAAUGGAGAUACAGCCCUGAAUUCAUACAUCUUGGUGUACGGUAGUUUUAUGUUUGAUAAAGAAAUUGCCCCUUGAGAAGUAAUUCCAUCUGUUGCAAAUGCUACAAAAUUCCUCGGUGUUAUGAUUGAAUAAAAAAACUAUGUUCAGUGUACUUCUAGAAAUCCCUGAUUCUCGCACUGUUGCCUUCUUUUGGAUGUCUAAAUUUCUCUCGGAGAAAGCAUGAAUCUCACAGAUGAGUUGAGCUAUAGAAGGCUCUAUUGUGUCUAUCAUAUCAAUCAUGAGUUGAAUUAGAUGAAUGAACUAGAUUGGAGGCACAUGGUGAUGGAUCUCAGAAGAAGCCUGAAAUGGUUUCAGAUCUGCAUCAUUUGAAGGGAGGCAUGUGAGACAAGAUAUGCUAAUUACCCUUAGGCAAUGGCUUAGGAGGAAUUUUUCUGGUUGUGCAGAGCCUUGUAACUCUCUACACUUGAUAGUGGAAUCCAGUGACGACAAGUGAUGCUCUCACAUUGAGUGGGGCUCAGCAAAUUUUGGACGUGCUUUGUACUCUCUUCUAGUUCCUUAUGGUUCCUGGCUUUUAGGAAUUAGGAUUUCCUAGUUCUUAAUUGAUCGUUGGAUUGCUUAAUCUCAUCGAGGUAGAUAAACUAUUGCAUUUUUUUUUGGGGCAAUAUGCUAUCUUUCUAAAUGAAGACGAGAUAUAACCGAGGGAAAAUUGGCAAAUUGGCUUUGAACCCUAGCCUAGUUCAAAGAAACAAUCAUGGAACCUCUUGAAAAUGCUUCUGAGUCCUCAUUUAUUAGUUGUAUAAUAACAACUGAAAUGAUGUAAAAAGCAGCAGUGCUUGAGCUUGUAUUACAACAAUACACGGAAAAUGUCAUUCGCCAUCAUGAUGGCUCGAUGAGCAAGUGUUCUAGCAUGGCAGAGGGAGAUUUCUCAAAGCAUUCACAGUGCCUCCUUACUGUACAGGAUACAUUAGAAGGCCGUUUUUCUUAUAAUGACAUAAGACCUGUGCCAUGAUUAAUGUAUAAUACAAUGCUCCACGGUUACUUUCCUCAGGUUGAGACACCAUAUUGGCGCCAAUUUUACACUUUUACAGAACUAAAAUCAUAUGAAAGUCGUGUUUUUUGACAGUAGAUACAUCUACGGUUCAGAUAAGUAACAAUGCUUUUGAUUAAACUUAUUUAAGUACAAAGUAUGCUGCUUCUAUGCUCUCUAGAAGUGUAAUACGACUAAAUGCCCUUGUAUUCCUUAGCAAGUGUCUUAGAAAGGGUCCUGUUUGAUUCUUUUGGUCUGUUUGAUCUUUUUCUCCUAAUGUGGUUAUACGAUGAUUUUGUGUAGUUAACUCAAAUUUACAAGGAUGAUCAUUUUUAUGUUAACGUUUUAACUUAAUGCUAUUUGGAGAGUUCAUGCUUUUGAAAUUUAUUUACCUGCGUCUUUUUCAUCCAUUACGAUAAGUCUUUAUUUUCAGCAUGUUCUUUAUUUUAUAACUCUUUUUAAUAUGAUCCCUGAUGUCACUAAAUGUAUUGUAGCAACUUUAAAUUUGCCCCGCUACAUCUGUAUUUUGUCUCGCCAUAUUUUGAAUGAAUUGGUGGUUCCUUUGAACGUCUUUUAGAAAAAGUCAGUUGUUGACAUUGACUGGAAUAGUUCUCUGUUUUCAGUAUUGUUAUUCAAAGCCUUUGCUUAAAUAUGUGUCGGCUGUGGCAGGUACGGAUGAAGGCUAUAUGUGUGCUGGAAUCAAUACUGAGAAGCAAGGAUGAUGCAGACUUAUCUUCCAUACGAUCUUAUUUUGUUGAGCAUGGAGAUUGUGUGGUCAAAUGCUCCGAGUCUCCCCAGGCUUCCCUUAGGGAUAAGGCUAAUAAGGUUUGGCUUUAUCAUUUUUUUUCUUCAAUUUUUUGCGUAAAAUUUCUUUAGUGCCCAUGAUGGUAGCUGUUCUCUAAAUUAUUUCUCCAAUCUCUAUAUUUUGGUUGCUUUCCUAGAUAAAACCGAUAGCACGUUUUAAUGUUUUACAUCACCUUUUCUUUAGCUCCACGCCUGUUUAAAUUGAUUCUCUACUCGCUUAUGUCUUGAUGAGUUGGCAUUUUUUAUUUUUAUUUUACAUAUUCAUUAGCUGGAAUACACCAGUGACAUACAUUUAACGUGGAUUUGCAUGAAAAUUACCGUAAAAAUUACUUAAUUAAUUUUCUCAGCAAGAGACUCAAUACAUACAAUUUGAGGUGCUUGUAUGUUCCCUGCAUAUCCACCUCCCUUCGUCUUAAGCAUCCGUAGGUGUUCAAUGACCUUCCACUUUGAAAAGGACUGUUGAAACUUUUUGAUCCCUCAACCUGACAAUUUCUGUAUUUCAAAUGCCCUUUUCUUACUAACCCUUUGUUAUGUGUCAUUGGCUGUGAGUUGUCAACAUACGAUGAAUGCUAGGAAAUCAUGCAAUGUUACCUGCAGAUUCCGUCCGGAUGCAGUGCUUUUAUAUCCAUAUAUUCAUCUUUGACUGAUCAUAUGCUCCUGUGUUUGUGAUAUAAUUAUUUUUAGUUUAUAGCAUCUCUUGGUUGUUAAUUUGUCUUCAACUAAAAAAAAAAACGACUUCUAUCUCGUCCGAUUACAAAUUUUUCUCAUUAUUUUUUGAAACUUGAUAAUUUGUUGAAUUACUUUCGAAGUAAGAAGUUUCUCUCAGGCCUAGGUGUUUGGUUAAGCUUGACCAUAUUCCUUUCUUCGUGUCUAAUUCCUGAGCAGGAGUCGCAUACGCUUAAUCUUGGCAUUUCACAUAUGUUUACAACAUUUGUGCCUGAUGUCACGAGUUGCAUUAUUUUUUUAUUUUUUCUCCCGCAGGUCCUGAGCCUUUUAGAUGGUGAGAGCGGUUACGGGGUAAAACAACAAUCAGACGGGCAGUCUAGUGCAAAGGCUCCUGUUGUUUCUUUGCCCGACUUAAUAGACACUGGGGAAUCCGAUGAUUUUGGAAAUGAUGAUAAUGCUCAGCAUCCAACUCAUCAAGGUACUACGAAUGUGAUGCCAAGUGGUUCAUUGGUUGAUGAUCUAUUUGGAGCCGAGUCUAUUUCCAAUGCAAGCACCAGCAAAAACGAAAAGGAAGAUCCAUUUGCCGACGUAUCUUUCCAUGUGGCAGAAGAUGGAGGACAUUCAGAUGACCUAUUUUCUGGUUUGGCAGUCGAUGAGAAGCAGCCUAUUGAGGGCAAUGAUAGAUCUAACAGUUCACAACAGUCGGAGUUCAUUGAUAUUUUUGGUACAGACACCGUCCUCCCCAGUAUCCUGGAGACGAGGAAGAAUGAUGUGCAUGAUCUAAUGGCUGGUUUGAGUGUGAAGGAGUCCCACCCAGGUAACAAUCUACCUGGCAUUGCCCUGGGAGGGGACGUGUUCGGGGGGACCAACUUGGGGGGUGUAAGCAGCCAACCAAAUCUGCCCCAAGCGAAUGAAGCCUUGAGCGGUCCUUUUGUCUCGCAGAUGAUCGGCAUGAAUCAGAAUGCAAUGUUUCCUUUCGGUUCCAUGCCAUAUGGCAUGCCGCAAGGCAUCAUGCUGAAUCAACAUUUUCCUCCACAGCCAGUCAAUUAUGCUCCAAUGGGUGGUUUCGUCCCUCAGCAGCAGCUGCUUUUUCAGAACUUUGGUCACCUCAACGCCGGCAUCUCACAUGCUUCUGUGGAUCCCUCAGCUUCGGCUCUCCCGGAUAUCUUUCACCUCUCAAACAAUCCAGCGCAGGCUCACCCUACAGUGAUCAGCACCCCAAAGGAGGACACGAGGGCCUUCGAUUUUAUCUCGGUAAGAACACCAUUCCAUCAAUGAAUGUAUUUAGUUCCCGAGUCACUGCAGAAUUUGAUACCAAGUUCUUCAUGCAGUCGGUGGCAUGCUAAGUUUUUAUUGGUUAUAGAAAUUUAUCAUGCCGACUGUCACUCCUAAGCUGGCGCGCCGGUCGAGGAGCUGCGGGGGGGCAUUGUUCAUGUUGAUGUCAUUUAUUUCGUUUUUAUGUCAAGAUAUCAACUCAUUUCAGAAACUGUCCUUCGCUGGAGAAGUAAUAUUGUGUAUAAUUAUUAUUUUUUUUUUGUUUUUUUCAGGAUCAUGUCUCAGCUGCGCGUAAUCAGAAGAGACUCGUCUGA